UCGGCACAGUUUACAGAAGUUGCUGGAGUGGUACGAGAAGUUGUAGUUGUCACAAGACGUCACUUGCAAAACCAGGUUGGGGCGUCGAUUCUUCUACCUCUAUACUAGGCGUCAUGGCUCGACGAGUGUUCCGAAUAUCUAUACUCUUAUUCUAUUUGCCGAUAUCGGCAGUCUUAGUGACUGGAUUCUAUAUCAUCACGCUAACGUUUCCACCAACUCGCAUGUCUGCUGGUAGUUCUCUUCCAGAGAUACAAUCGAUACUCCGUUUACCCAAAACUACAGCAGCGAAUUCUUCGUGGAACGUUGUGUCGCAAAGCAUCACUGUAGGCAGACCGUUCUAUGUAUUGCUAACAGCUCGUGACGCAACAGGCAGAAAGAAGUCGACAGGAGGAGAUAUGUUUAAUGCAGUAUUGAGAGGUAAGGUAGGAAGUGUUCCUGCUUCUGUUGCUGGUGAAGUCACAGAUUUUUUCAAUGGCUCAUAUCUCAUCACGUUUGUUCCACCUUGGAGUGGAAAAGCGAGUAUAGACGUUGAGUUGUGGCUGAGCAGUUAUCUUGUGGAUGUGGUGAAAGCUACUAUUGACGCUAAUUACAUUUUCUCCUGCACUUUUGGAAACAAUUACGGCAUUCACAUAGACUAUGUAGGUCCACAAAUGCGAGAUAGUCUACUGGAGAUACAAACUAUUGCCCGCGAAACAGAGAGCAGUGCAGUAAGAGUGUGUCACAUGAAUGGCAAACCUGAUCAACUACCUCGAUUCUACUCAUCAUGUGAUAUGAAAUUUCGAUAUAGAUAUGACUGGUAUGGAGUUUGUGAAGGUCCACCUGCACCAAAUUCUGCAACCUGUGACUCUAUUCAAUGGUGCAUUUAUCAUGAUACGAUGAAAUCCAAUAAUGCGGCAGAAUCUGCCAGUGCACGUCUACACACAGGUGCAGUGACCUCAAAGGUAAAAUCUGUCUGGAUAUCAAUUGGUGAUAAACCAACAACAGAAUUCAGCAAAGAAACUUGCAAGCGACAGCCUUUUGUUAAACCAACAGGUUAUUGGCUUGGCAAUCAAUGGAUCAAUAGAGACUGUUCUUUCCAAUGUGAUACUAAAGAGAAGUGGUGGAAAUGUCUCACAAACAGAGAACUAUACCUAAUAGGAGACUCAACAGUUAGACAACUGCACAUAGUCGUUCUUUCAUCGAUUGACCUGAUGCAACCACAGUUGAGUUUGUACAUUCCGGAAAAUUUGUUGAACACGUAUGUAAAGAAAUACAAUGCAACAAUCAGAUAUCGACUACAUGGUCUUCCAUUGCAAACAAAUCUUGGCAUGAACUUCACUGGCGCUACAUUUGUAGCAGAUACAAUUGAUGCUAUUUCAGGAAAUGGAAAUGAGAUAAUCCUAAUAAGCACAAUACAGCAUUUCCUACUCUUACCACCAGACAUAUUUCGUCAACGCAUGGAGCACAUGGCGACCGCAGUCCGUCAUCUAAGGCAGAGAAAGAUGGGAAAGACAGUUCCACUUAUAUUUAGCACAGGAAAUCCACGAGGGUUUGACUCAUUUCGUUUGAAUUCUUAUCGCAUCAAGUGGUAUAAUCAGAUUGUUGCAGAGACAUUUGCAGCAGCCAAUGUGGGUAUUAUUGUGUAUGAUGUAUUUGACAUGAUGGCUUCAAGUACAGAUCCUCAAAUGCCACAUCAGCCACAAGAGCGAAUGGCUGUCAAGUUAUCCCAUAUACUUAGUUUAGCCUGUCAGUAAUUUUAAACUUGCGGACUGA